AUGGAUGUUAAGAAAGAAGUGGCAAAACUCACCCGCAAUUUCAAAGCUAUUAAAGCUGUGCUCGAGAAUGCAGAGGAGAGGCAAAUGAAGGAGGUGGCUGUGAGAUACUGGCUGGACAGUUUGAAGGAUGUAUCCUACGAGAUGGACGACGUGUUAGACGAGUGGAAUACUGAAAUUCUGAAACAAGAAAAAGAAGCCGGUAAUGCUGGUAGUACUAGUACUACCAAUAAGGUAUGUUUCUGCAUUCCUGCCCCUUGGUUUUGUUUUGGCCAAGUCCGUCAAGUAAUUCUUCAUCGUGACAUUGCUGUGAAGAUAAAAGAACUGAAUGAAACAUUAGCUCUGAUUGCUAGUGAAAGACAAAACUAUAACUUUCAAUACAUGAAAAGAGGAGUUGAACAAAUUGAACGACAAAAAAGUUCUUCUUUCGUUGAGAAGACAUUUGGUCGAGUCGACGAAAAGGAAAUAUUAGUAAAAAAGUUGCUGAGUGAGAGUAGUCAAGGAGAGGCAACCAGCCUUGUCAUCCCUAUUAUAGGGAUGGGAGGAAUUGGCAAGACAACUCUUGCCCAACUUGCCUAUAAUGAUGAAAAGGUUCAAGCUCAUUUCAACACUAGAAUAUGGGUUUGUGUCUCAGAUCCUUUUGAUGAGAUCAAAAUUGCCAAAGCCAUCAUUAAGGGCCUGAAAAAGUGGAAUACCCCAGCUUCAAAUGAGUUGCAAACACUCUUGGAGUUUAUACACGAGUCUUUUAAGGGCAAGAAGUUCCUUCUUGUCCUAGAUGAUGUGUGGAACAAAGACUAUACAAAGUGGGAACCAUUAGAGCUAGCUUUACAAAAUGGAGCUGUGGGUAGUAGAAUAUUGGUGACCACAAGAAGGGAGGAUGUUGCAAGGAUGAUGGGAGCAUCCACUGAUAUGGUCAAUUUGGAGGUGUUGAGUGAAGAAAAUUGUAGGGCAUUGUUCUAUCACAUUGCACUGGCUGAUAGAGAAAAAAAUGAGUCUAAAGUGUUAGAAUUUAUUGGUAAAGAAAUUGUCAAAAAGUGCAAGGGCCUGCCCCUUGUUGCAAAGACAUUGGGUGGUCUCAUGCGCUACAAGAAAAAGAGGAAAGAAUGGGAAGACGUUUUGAAUAGUAAGAUAUGGGAGUUAGAUGUGGUUGAGGAACAAGUUUUCCAACCACUGUUAUUAAGUUAUUAUGAUUUGGCCCCGGCAAUUAAACGUUGUCUUUUGUAUUGUGUGAUUUUCCCAAAAGAUUAUAACAUUGUCAAAGAUGAGUUGAUUGAGUUGUGGAUGUCACAAAAUUAUCUUAAUUCAAUCGGAAACAAAGAAAAAGAAGCAUUAGGCGAAAUGUACUUUGAUAACUUAGUAAUGCGCUCUUUCUUUCAAGAAUUUGAGAAAGAUGAACUUGGAAAUAUAACGCAGUGCAAGAUGCAUGAUGUUGUGCAUGACUUUCUACAAUUUCUAACUAAGAAUGAAUGCUUAGUUUUGGAGGCUGAGGGUGGUAAUAAUAAGAGAAUAAUGGAGUUUGAUGGAUAUAAGAAGGUUCUCUUAGUGUGCGGUCGCUUGAAAUUUGUUGAAAGUUUUGGAUUUCUUGUGGUUUUUGAAUUGGAGCUUGCAUUGAUUAGGAGAUUUGCGUUUGAGGUGCUGUUCGGUUGGGGAUUUUCCUAG